AUGAAAGCCCCUAAACCGUUGCCCAUGAAGCAGUCCAACGUGGAUGAAACGGUGGCUCAGCUCAGGUCAGAGGGGCUGGAGGUCCGCGGCUGUGCCUGCCAUGUAGGCGACGAGGCGCAGCGGCGGCAGCUGGUCACCAACACACUCGAGGCCUAUGGUCCGUCCAUCGACGUGCUGGUGUCUAAUGCAGCCGUCAACCCCACCGCCGGGCCCCUGCUGUCCACCCCCUUGGAAGCCAUGGACAAGAUCCUGGACAUCAACGUCAAGGCAGCACUCGCACUCCUGCAGGCCGUCGCCCCCCACAUGCCUUCGGGGGGCAGCGUUGUGAUGGUGUCAAGUGUCACAGCAUACAACCCUCCAUUUCCCAUUGGCUUUUACGCUGUGUCCAAGACAGCACUGCUAGGGCUGGUAAAGGGGCUGGCAGCAGAAAUGGGGGCGGCUGGUGUGCGUGUGAACGGAGUGGCCCCCGGCAUCGUGCCCACCAAGUUCUCACAGGCUCUUGUGGCUGACCCCGCAUUAGAGCAGGCCCAGAUCGAAGCCACAUCCCUCAAGCGCCUUGGCACUCCUGAGGACAUUGCUGGGGCAGUAGCUUUUCUUGCAAGCAGUGAUGGCGCAUAUGUGACGGGCGAGACUCUUGUUGUGGCGGGCGGCAUGCCCAGCAAGCUCUGA